AGCGGAAAAAUCUAUUUGUUCAUCGAAAAAGUCAUAAAAUGCCCUUCCACUGAUAACACCAGGUAUGGGAGCCUUGUCUCAUCGUAUCCACCCAAUUUCAAGCGACACCCACACAGCCAGCCCUUCGCACAUAGAAAAACUGCUAUCAGUCGUGAAAAUCUGAGCGAACUCGAGCACGUCGAAAAGUGUGUUUCGCUUCGUUCGUCCCGUUUCCGACAUCAACUGAAGGCUCUCGUGGCUUCUUAGACGGUGGGUUUCCAUCCAGUGCUGACGGCGAACGUUUCAGUUGGAAUUUUCACCUUAGUGCCAUCGGCGGUGGCACGGGUGGCUCUACUGCUUCCUUGUCUCUAUAGCUGCUAGUGGGUGGUUCUGUUGUGCGAAAAACUUUUGAAAAGACUACAGAAGGAAGCUCAUCGUUACCGGGUUGUGUUAUUAUUGUUCUGUCUGACAAACUGCACUGUUGGAGGAUGUGCUAAAGAGGAAAAAAUCUCUCUUUGUAGCUGUUCUCGUUUUAGUUUGUUCAGUGUGCUAAAGCUGUACUGUGCUUGUGCCAAGAAUAAAUUAUUUGCCAUCAAGUCUGGUAGUGAAAAAUUGCGAUAUUAUUAGUCUAUGAGACGGAGUGCCAUCUUUUCUAGUGAGCGUGUAUUCGUGCAUAUCUGUGUUGCGAAGGAUCAAGUUCAAGGAUCACCAUUCAUCCGUCACGAUUCGCGGUGUCAAGUGUUGUGCUUCAAUUAUCACCCUAAUUAAGCUUGUUCCAAACUGCUAUCACGCAGUCAUUCGCAUUCAUGGGUGAUGGUAGUGCCACGUCCGCCCCAGCGAAUGGAAAAACUCAAAGAAGACCUCAACAUUUUCAUCCUAGACGAUAGCAAUAUACACCAAUCUACUGCGACUGGAUUCGUGCAAAGUGGAGCACUUCCGACUGAACUGCAAUGUCGGAAUACUCCGGUUCGGAUUUCAUUCACUCCACCACCGCUCCGGCCGCUGGAUGACGCUGGUCCAUUGAUACUGAAUCGUAUGGUUUCCGAUGGCUACGGACCUACUCAACAGGACACCGAUGAACCCAUGCAGAUGGACCACCAUCCGUACCGUUAUCCUAUCGCUACCGUCGGUGGCAAUCCACUUGCAGAGCACCGUGGGAAUUGUUGUGGCCCCGGCGUCACAACGCUCGGAAUCGAUAACAACAAUAUCGAGUCCCUGAUUAGUGAUGACGAGUACUUUCCGCAUAAUGAUAUUCCAGAUGACCCCCACUUCAGUGACCUGGUAUAUUCGGCAGAAAUUGCCAUUGACGCAGGUAUCUACCCAGAACGAAUCUACCAGGGAAGUAGUGGAUCCUACUUCGUAAAGAACCCCGCCAAUAAAGUAGUGGCGGUGUUCAAACCGAAAGAUGAAGAACCCUAUGGAAGGCUCAAUCCCAAGUGGACUAAGUGGAUGCACAAGCUGUGCUGUCCGUGCUGCUUCGGGCGGGCUUGUCUCAUUCCCAAUCAAGGCUACCUUUCGGAAGCCGGUGCCAGUCUAGUGGAUCAGAAACUCAACCUCAACAUUGUACCAAAAACUCGCGUUGUUCGACUAGUUUCGGAGACGUUCAACUAUCCGCGCAUCGAUAGACAAAAGGCCCGGAUAAAGAAAACCAUCAAAGAGCGGAUACCGGCUGCCCGCUUCAACCGAAUGAGCCUCCCGCCGAAAACGGGCUCGUUUCAGUUGUUCGUCGACGGUUUCAAAGAUGCCGACUAUUGGCUGCGGCGGUUCGAGCAGGAACCGCUACCUACUCGGUUGUCGCAAAAGUUUCAACUACAGUUUGAAAGGUUAGUUGUACUCGACUACAUCAUACGGAAUACGGACCGUGGCAACGAUAACUGGCUCAUUAAAUACGAACAACCCACGAUUGUGUCGCAGGUAAAUGGUGGUACGACGCCAAACGGAAUGCCCCGAAGUAGCAGUCGUUUAGAAAUGACCGAAAACACGGACUGGAAUUUGGUUCAACUUCCGGAAAUCAAGAUUGCCGCCAUCGAUAAUGGCCUAGCAUUUCCUUUCAAACAUCCAGAUUCGUGGCGUGCCUAUCCAUACCAUUGGGCGUGGCUUCCGCAGGCAAAGAUACCAUUCAGUCAGGACAUCAAGGACCUAAUAUUGCCGCUGUUGUCCGAUCUGAACUUUGUGGAAGAAUUGUGCAACGAGCUGUUCGAACUGUUCCGACAGGACAAGGGUUUUGAUCGGGGCCUGUUCGAGCGACAAAUGUCUGUGAUGCGGGGUCAGAUCCUAAAUCUGACGCAAGCCCUCAAGGACGGCAAGAGUCCAGUUCAGCUGGUUCAGAUGCCGGCUGUUAUUGUUGAACGAUCAAAAGUCAACCCUGGUUCGGCCCGAUUUUUCUCAUUCCAACAGCGCUUCCAAAACAAGAGCCCAUUCUUCUCCUGGUGUUAGAAAACCAUCCCGUGAACACAAUAUAAACUAUUAACCAAUACCGGAUAGGGCAGAUAUGCUGAAAACAAGGAAAGUAAGUUAAAAACUAACUACAAAGUAAGCACCGUAAAAGGACUCGAGGAGAACGGCACUCUUUAGGUGAAACACAGUUUUGGGAACACUUCUUGUUUGUAUGUAACCGUGGUAAUGAAAUGGAAACGUUAUUAAAUAUAUAUUGCGUAGAAAACAAAUGUAUGUAUAUUUAUCAUUCAAAUUUCGAGUAAAAUAUAGUUAUGCACAGUAAAAACAAACGUACUACAGAAAGUGAAACAUCAAAAUGUCUAACGCAAUUCUCUCUGUAUAUUUAUUGGGUAACAACAGUCUGGAUUAUUUAUUCCUAUAUAGGUCUACCAGUUGCAAUCUUAUGUACAUAGGUCUUGAAUGCAAAGGAUUUUUUUUUCGAAAAUUUAGGAAAAUUGUUCCUUUAGUGUACCAAAAAAUAGUUUCAUGGUCCUACUGAUUCGUGAGAAUGAUCUUGAGUAAAACAUUUCGAUGUGACACUUGAGAAGUAGUGAAGAGAGUCUAUCAAUGUAAUCGAACAUCACUAGUCUUAUUAAUAAAGAAAAACCUUACUUCUUAGACAGCAAUAGUGGAAAUAAGUCUAAGUUUGGAAAAAUCGACAACGGAAAAAUGUACAAUAGCUGAUAAUAAGGAAAACAUCACAGAUACAUAGAACCGGUUGGUCCAAAAAUUGUUUAAAAUUUUCGACAAAUUUCGUAAAAAUGAGAAAUACAAGGAAACGGAAACUGAUGAUGUAGGCUAGAUACAUUUCGAUAGCUAGGUAGAACACAUCUAGGCAAUUAAUUCACCAAAUACCAGACAGAAUGUUAGCGGAGAGAAUCAUCAUAAGUCAAGCAGUGAUGGGUUGAAUUAGUUGAAUAGUGAAGGAUUAAGUUAUCAACCUCAAUCUAGACAGAUACACAUGAAAAAGCAUGAAGUCCUCAAUAGGCCAACUACGUUUUACAAUCAGUUGCACUAGUUCCGAGAAGUGAAUCAAUAAUAAUCAUCAAGUACAGUACGAAA